CCUCCAACCCCACGCACAAACGCAAACGCACGUAACGAUGGCAUCCCAUGUCAUCCGGGCCUCAGCGGUAAAGCGUCUGUACAAGGACAUUCUUCGUCAGCAUCGUUUUGCGCUACCGCCGAAGCACCGUGAGCUUGGCGAUCGAUAUGUCAGGUCGGAGUUCAAAGCCCACAAAGAAGCCACAGGGGACCAGGUGGUCCAGUUCAUGCACGCGUGGCGGAGCUACCUCGAGCAGAUUCGAAACCAGCGCGGGCAGGUGGGUCGGUCCUUGAGCGCAGCCGAUGUGUCCCACCUCAACGACGAGCAACGCGAGCAGCUAUUCCGAUUGAAGCAACAGGCGUCGUCGUCAUCGCCAUCUACCGCGCCGGGGGGGGCGCAGGGGCGAUGAUACUUGGCGAUAGUGCAUCUGUAGACCGAGACGCUCAACAGUUUGCAGUUUCAUGUCGGGGGGUUACUGUUUUCUCUCUCGCCAUGUUUUAUGCUCCACUUGAGCAUCCUUCCUGGCCGUUUUUUUUUUGCGGUCCUUCGGAGUAGAUGAUUUCUUUGGUCGUCUCUGUUAUUGUUGGUGUGUCGUAGGAAUCGCCGCCUUGUUAACGAGAAGCCUCUUCCUCGUUCUAUUGCCCUGCCCGUUUUAGAUAGCACUGCUGUGGCUCGUCGUGUGGCUCGUCGUGUAAAUCCCCGCGCGGCCGUGUUAUCGCGCGACGCGCGUUUCGAGAGACUUGGCACUGCGUGUUCUGCAUUCACACAACUCGGCAUUGCUACGUAGAUCGUGCUAGCAUUGGUGUUUCUGUUGCGCGGCGCCGGCGAGUGGAAAACACACAUCCAGGUUUCCGAUUUGCGUCUCAAGACUGCAUACUGCAGUGUACAUAAAUGUAUCAGACCAAGCUCACUUUGAGGGAGACUUAUGCGAUAAUUUGGACAAGUUGUUGAUUUUCCUGUGUAUCAAUUCUUUUUUUUUUCUUCGAUGCCAUUUUUUUUCCAGCUUCACAAGCGAAAACAACAAGGAGUUCGUUGACACUACGGUAGGAACUGCUUUUUGCUGCCGCAUUUUCAUGUGCGGUCCAGCAUAACUACUUCGUGGGUAGAAUGAGGGGCUGCAUUGUGCGUAGUUGUCUCCCCUGUCGCAUAGCAUGUGCUACCGUUCUUUGCGACAUACUCGAGACAUCGAAGAGACCGGCCGCUUCAUGUCAGAAGAAAUAAAACUAUGCUGUCAAAGCAGGUCGCAGCACGUGGGGCUUGCCGAAGCAUAUGAUAAGGACAUGCCUGCGCCUCAUGCUCCACGUUCCGAUAACAG